AUGGUCGAUAAUCUGGUCUCAUUGUGGUCGGAAAGCCUUGGACGCCAGCCUGGACGGUUCCAACUUUUCGUUACCCUUGGACUAUGCCUAAACUUCCUGUUGGUUGCCUGCGGGUCAGCCCAGUCCACUCAAAUUUUGGCUAAAAUACGGACUCGUAAGUACGAGAAAUAAAAACAAAAUUAAGGUUAUGACACUUCGGCCCCGACCCUCUUUCGAACGGCUUCAAACCCCACCCAUUGGCCCCAAAUUUGCAUAAUAUCAAAUGGCCCUAAAGUCUCAAUUAAAGUGGUACUAAUGGUGCUAGAAAGAAAAGACCUAAAAGUGGUGCUAAAGCGGUGA